AUGGAGAGUCUCUGCAAUAUGUUCUCUUUAGUGCCAACGGAGGCACUUGUUCGAGUGCUCGAAAUCUGUGGCCAAAACGUGGCUGUGGCGUCCGCUUGGCUGCUCGAGAACGACUGGCGAGAUCUCAUGCAUGAGGAAGAGCGUGACGACUUUACAGCUCCUAGUAGCAAUCGACACGAGUCAAAUGUUCACUACACUCGACGUGGAAUGCUCGGCUAUCAGGUUCAUGAAGAAGAAAGUUUGGAUAGUGAAGACAACGAAGAUGAAGAGGAAGAGGAAGAGGAAGAGAACGACGAUUUGUACAAUGACACAGAUGUGAUGGAAAUGCCACCGUUGACGAAGAGAAUGAAAAUGACCACGUCAAAAAAGACGGAAAUGCAAGCUAAAGCAGACGACUUUUGGGCCGCUUUUGAUGACCAAGUGGUGGUCAAGAGCAUGAUAGAAUUGCUGAAUACGACGCUGAGCAAGCUCGCACAUAGUAAAGUAGUUCUGCUGAACCAGCCAGCGAUGAAGCUGGAUAGAGCGGCAGCAACAAAAAAGUUGAAGUCUGUACUGGCCUUUGCCUCUAAAAAAAACAUUGAUACAGGCGGUAAUGCGACUAGCAGACAAUUACAAAUACCUCGUCACGCAAGCAAUCGAAUGACUGUGGCGAGUCUGCUGAAUGGAGAUAGCCCUACUACUGGUAAAAGGACAAGAAACUCACGAGCUUCCGACUCUUCAACGAUUGCGAUACCUGAAACGCCAAUAAGUCAGAAACGAAAGAGGAAAGAAACAGAAGAAGCAGGAGAUUCUUCUUGCCAGGGUUUUUUUGCUUACUUCUUUCCCGUAAAAGAACUGGAUAUGAUGUGGCGGACUGUGAUGCACACACACUUACUCAAGAAACGCUUUGGCGACAAGAUCGAGCUUCAAACGGCAUCAGGGGAGCCUUUCAGAAAGGAGAAUUUUGACGAGCUUAUGCACCUCCAAAACUCGGUGGAAUCAUCUCGUGCCACCUCAGUUGGUUUUUCUCGGUUAUCAAUGCUUAAAUGUUGUUUAAUCUUUCCAUGCCCGGCAGAUGAAGGUGAAAUGUUCCGAGUAGGAAGGAAUAUUCACAGCAUAUUAAAGGUGCAGGGCGGUCUGUACUAUCAAGUACUCGACAUCCCACCUUCCGUAUACACUGUCAGUCUCUGCGGUAAUCAUGAUGAGCUGAUGAACGAAGCCGGGAAGAUAACCGAAGCGCAGUUCCGUCAAUUUGCAAGAUAUCGUAUUAUGGAGAAAGAGCAGAUCGCUACAGAGACUACCAAAGUUGGCGAUACCUCUUACAUGUCAUACCAUGAACCACACAAGAAAAAGUAUUGCCUCGAGAUGCUUGAUGCAUCCAAAUGGAGUUCUCGCCUCAAUGAUUGA